AUGCGACCCACCUGGUGGCCCGGCGAACAACAUGAAGCGUUUACCGAAUGGGCUCUAUCCCAAGGCAUCAUCAUCAACGGAGUCAGCCCGGCACGAUUUCCGGGUCGAGGACUAGGAAUGAUCGCCACACGGCAUGUUGAAAAAGACGAAGCCAUCGUAACAGUGCCGCACGAAGCCAUGCUGACACCCUCACGGAUCCCGACCUCCUUCUCCAGCCGAUUCCCCGAUGGAACCCCUACGCAUGCGCUCUACGCCGCCUAUCUCACCAACGGCGACCCUGCCGACCUGGAACCAUACACCCUCUGGCGGCGCACCUGGCCCACCCGCGCCGACUUCGAAGCGAGCAUGCCCAUCCUCUGGCCUGCGUCAUUCCGGCAUACAACACACUCCGAGCCCUCGCCGGCGGCGGCGGCGUCGUCACGACCCAAACCCAACGUCCCUUCCAAGACCGUUGCCCUCCUCCCCCCUUCCAUCUCCGGCCAAUGGACCACGAUCCCGACGUCACCACGCGCGCACGAUUACGAAACCACGCACCAGAACCUCCUCGCGCAACAGGAACAACGCCUGCGCAGGGACUGGGAUAUUGUGGUCUCCGUGUUCCCCAACACAGACUGGGACGAAUUCACGUAUUAUUGGCUGAUCGUCAACACGAGGAGCUUUUUCUACCUGAUGCCCGGCCAGGAGUCGCCGGAGGAUCGGAAUGACGCCAUGGCCCUGCUGCCGUUCGCCGACUAUUUCAAUCACUCGGAUGUAGCGUGCAACGUUAAUUUUGAUGGGCAUCAUUAUGUGUUUCGCGCUGCUAAGGAGUACGACGAAGGGGAUGAGAUCUAUAUGAGCUAUGGCCCCCAUCCGAAUGAUUUCCUGUUCACUGAGUAUGGUUUCUACUUGGAGGAGAACGAAUCUGAGACUCUAUAUCUCGAUGCCAUUAUAUUCAGAGAUCUCAGCCCUAAAUUACAGGAGGAACUGGAUUUUCAUCAGUACCUGGGGAACUACCAACUGACAGCCGGUGGUGUUUGCUACCGGACCGAGAUCGCCGCUGCGAUCACCUAUAUGAGGCCCAAGGACUGGCAAGAUCAUGUUCUCGGCUACUCAAGUCAGAGUGUGGAUGAAAGGAGAUCCGCAGAGGUAGUUCGAAACUGGAUUGGCGCAUAUAUCGAAGAGGCAGAUACGGCGAUCCGAUAUCUGGAGAGUGUUCUGCCCGGUGAGAGCGACCAAUUCCAUCCAGAAAAGGUACGAACGCUCCUGAACCGGUGGAGACAGAUUGAACAGCUCUGCUUUCAAGCCCUAGAUACGAUUUCCUGCUAG